AUGUCGACGUGUUGGGCGCGUCUGCUGUUUGUCGCAUCAUGGAUUUGUUUUAACACAUACUCAGUGUCAGGAACCUGUAUGUCAGGGAAGUAUGGUUUAGAUUGUAGCUACACCUGUCACUGUGACGCUGCCAACUGCAAUAACGUCACAGGCUGUUCUGGGAGUUGCUUGGAAGGAUGGUCUGGACCAAGAUGUACUAAAGGAAAUAUAGGUCUGAGGAAAACUGCCUACCAGAGUUCAUUCUAUAUUGGCUUCGAAUCGCACAGUCCACGUCUUGCGGUAGAUGGCAAACUUGAACAAGGAGAUUAUGCCAAAAAAUGUAUUAUAACUGGAGGCGGCCAGAAAAACUCCUGGUGGGAAGUAGAUUUGCAGAGAGACUACUACAUACACGAUGUAGUUAUUCACUUCCGCACAGACUACCUACGUCGUAAACCUGGUGUACAGGUACACAGUUCUAUGAGAGCAAACCAAAGCAAUGCAGGACACUGGUGUGGGAACACAUCUGCCAGUAGCCCGAAUAUAACAACCUUGACGUGCGAUGACACCGCUAGAUACAUCACUCUCUACAGAAGUGCAGGUGACAGAGUAAUGGACUUUUGUGAAGUCGAAGUGUUUGUCUGUGCUGCUGGCUCUUUCGGCGAUGACUGCAGUCAGUUCUGUCACUGUCGAGACAGACCAUGUAAUCAUGUAACCGGAGAGUGUACUGGAGGAUGUAAACCAAACUGGACGGGACAGACAUCCUGUGAUUCCAGUCACUAUGGUGAACUGUGCAAUAAUAACUGUUCCAGUAGACAUUGUAAUGUAUCAUCAUCGUGUCACAACAUCACUGGGCGGUGUGACAGUGGAUGUACAGCAGGAUGGAUGUCACCAGAUUGCACGACAAAAUGUCAAGGUGGUACAUUUGGACCCGGAUGUCACUCAAAGUGUAGUGGACGAUACUGUAAAGGAGACAGCUCAUUUUGUGAUGUUCAGAAUGGAACAUGCCAACAUGGCUGUCAGCCGGGAUGGAAGAGUCCAAGUUGUGACAUACAUUGUGAUACAGAUCAUUAUGGCGUGAAUUGUGAAUCAGUAUGUGCAGACCGACAUUGCAAGGGAGAACAACUGUGUAAUCAUGAACUGGGAUACUGCAACAGCGGGUGUCUGUCAGGGUGGACAGGACUUACAUGUGUUGAAGCCCAAGUUGACACUGGCAACACUGACACCGGUAACAGUGAUUCCACCAGUAUCGCUUUUGCCGUUGUGGCGGGUAUUCUGUUUGUACUGUUGGUCAUAAUGACGAGUCUUUUCAUCUGGCAAGUAGAUCUGAUUUUAUGUUUCUUUUCAUAUUGAAUUUGUUUGC